AUGUUAUUCUUCUUGAACUUUCGAUGCUUAUUAUUAAAUAUUUUACUUGUACAAUUAAACAUCGAUAAUAUUAUGUCCAUUUGGCCAUCAUCAAAUGAAUCUGAUAUCUAUUUACUCGGCCUUUUUGCUUAUACACCAGAUGCAUCUGAUAAUGACGACCUAGCUAUUCAUUCUCGGGCAAUGUUUAAGGCGGCAGUACUGCUUUCUAAUCAAUAUAAUAUAACAAUCGAUGGAAAAUUGAUCGGAUGGAAAGAAGGACUAACUAUGGGCGAUGAAAUAGUUGCAUUGAAUGAGACAUGCCUUUCAAUAUCUGAAUCAAAUAUAGUUAGCAUUGUUGGUCCAGAAUUUUCAAGAGAAACUCUUUUAAUUAGUCCACUUUGUAAAAAGCUUAAUUUACCCGUUAUAUCGUAUUCUGCAACUGAUCCUGAUUUAUCUGAUGCAACAACUUACUCUAAUUUCUAUCGUACAGUUCCAUCAGAUGAUAUAAUAGCAUUAGCUCUGCUUAAGUUAUUCAACCGAUUUAAUUGGGCAUCAUGUUUAAUUAUUUAUCAAGAUGAUGCAUUUGGAUCUGGCGGAGCGAAAGUUAUUAAUGAAUUAUUUAAUGCUAGCAAUAUAAAAGUAGUACAAAUGAUUGUCUAUGAUAUGGUCAAAAAAAGUAUUCGUGGCAAUUUGAAAACUUAUCUGAUGAAUAGUCCAUCAAGAAUUGUUAUUUUAUGGGCUGACUCAAUCUCUACAUCAUCAAUAGUGCAAAAUGCUCUCGAUUCUAAUGUUGUUGGUCCACUUUUUACAUGGAUAAUUACUUCAGAGAUUUUAUUGAAUUCUUUCAAUGAAAGUUAUUAUGACGAUUUAGUUGGAAUGCUUUUAAUCGAACCAGUUGUUGCAUCAGUUGUUGGUGCACCAUAUAAUACUGAAUUAUUAAAUGCAGCAUAUAAUAUAUGGCAAAUAUAUGAAAAUGAAACAUUUCCAGGAUCAACACAUGUUAAUUAUUAUGCAUUAUUUUCAUUUGAUGCAACAUGGGCACUUAUUAAAUCCUUAGAAGAAUUAUGUUCAUCAAAAAUAAAUAAUUCUUCUUCAUCAUGUUUAUCAUUUAGUAAAUCUUCAUUCUGUUUUAAUUUUCGCUUCAAUCAGUAUGAUUCAUUGUUAUCAAUACUUGCUAGAACAAACUUUCUUGGUGUAUCCGGUUUUGUAGGAUUUAGCUAUAAUACUACAAAUCGAAUAAAUGGUUCAUAUUAUAUUUUAAAAAACAUUCAAGCAUCUGCAAAUGGUUUGAACUUCGUAUCUGUAUUAGAAUAUAUUGGUUCUGGGUAUUGGAGAAUAACUAUAACACAAAAUCCUAUUUUAUGGCCAAGAAAUUCGUUAACACCAUCUGUUGAUCGAGCAGUUCUUCGAGGAGUAAGUUUACGAAUUGGAAUAGCUGAAUCAGCUCCAUUUGGAAUGCUUCAGAAUGUGACAGAUGAAAACGGACAAACUACAAUACAAUAUACUGGCUAUGCGAUUGAUCUUUAUCAGCUUUUAAAAGAUCAACUUGGUUUCAAUGCAACUCUUCUAUUAAAACCACCAGAUCAAACAUAUACCGAUUUCGUUCUGUCAGUAAGUGAGGGCGUUUAUGACAUUAUCAUUGCUGAUGUUACUGUUACUUCUGCAAGAAGCAAAAUAGUUGAUUUUUCUAGUCCUAUAUAUGAUAAUUCUCUACGUCUUGUCGUGAGACAAGCAAACAAUGCUGGUAUCGAUUUAUUUGCAUUCUUAAAACCAUUUUCAUAUAGAUUAUGGAUAUUAGUUCUAGGAACUUGCAUUUAUGCAAGUAUUUUAAUGCUUCUUAUAGAAAGAAGAAAGAAUGAAGAUUUACAAAAUCGAUCAAUUAUAUCUCAAUUAACACUGAGCAUAUGGUAUUGUUUUGGCUAUAUGGUUGGAUUCGGUUCAGAAUUUAAUGCACGUACAGCUGGAGGACGUCUAUUAACUGCUGGCCUCUAUAUAUUAUGUUUAAUAUUAGUAGCAUCAUAUACUGCUAAUUUAGCAUCAGAUCUAACCGUAACGAAAUCACAAUUUGUUAUAUCAGGAAUAGAUGAUAUUAAAAGUGGAACAGUACCAAUAAAUGGUGUUGGUAUUGACGUCGGUACAGCUACGCAAG